ACGAUGUCGUUCACCUUUUAGUGAACUAGGUCCAAUCGUUCACUUGGGUGAAUAGUUCAAUUGAACUAUAGUUCGUUACUUCGUUCGCGAACGACCCAUCUCUAAAUUAUUAAGUAAAAUUGCAAAAUGGAUGACGAAUGUGAGUCGUACAAACUGUGGCGUAUUCGAAAAACUGUUAUGCAGCUUUGCCAUGACAGAGGUUAUUUAGUCACGCAGGAUGAAUUGGAUCAAACAUUAGAACAGUUUAAAGAACAAUUUGGAGAUAAACCUAGUGAAAAAAGACCCGGACGGAGUGAUUUAAUAGUCCUUGUGGCACAUAAUGACGAUCCUACAGAUCAAAUGUUUGUUUUCUUUCCCGAAGAACCAAAAAUUGGUAUAAAAACUAUAAAAACAUACUGUCAAAGGAUGCAAGAAGAAACCAUUACUCGAGCUAUUAUUGUUGUUCAACAAGGAAUGACUCCAAGUGCAAAACAAUCUUUAGUUGAUAUGGCUCCUAAAUACAUAUUGGAACAGUUUUUGGAAUCGGAACUUCUAAUUAAUAUAACUGAACAUGAACUAGUGCCUGAACACAUAGUUUUGACACCAGAUGAGAAACAAGAACUGUUGUGCAGAUACAAAUUAAAAGAAAAUCAGCUUAUGAGAAUUCAAGUAGGUGAUCCAGUUUCUCGUUACUUCGGCUUAAAAAGAGGACAAGUAGUAAAAAUUGUAAGAAAUUCUGAAACUGCUGGACGUUAUAUUUCAUACAGAUUGGUAUGCUAAAGCUAAAUACUAAAAGCUACUGUAAUUUGUUCACUUAAAAUAUAAGACAUUUUUAAUA